AUGUACCAAGAGCACUACAAUGCUCUCUUCUCCAUGGACUUCAUGGAGACCAAGUACCCACAUGUUGACACAAUGAAGGCCCUUGGAAUCUUUGAGAUGUGGAGUUGGUUCUCAAGAACAUGCACUUGGCCAAGCUCUUCUCUUAUCACAUGGAAUCCUACAAGGAGCUCACUUGCGAGUUUUAGCUUCAAUGAGGGAGAGAAGAGAAUGGUGACCUUUAGGCAGCUUGGAAUCUUGUUUGGGUUCAACUAUGGAGAAGGGUACCAAGUGGAACUUCAAGGAAAGGAACUCCAAAGGGUUUGGGCUACAAUCGCUGAUGGAGUGUACUCUUCCUCAAGGUCCAAGGCAGCUCAGAUCAGGAGCCCAGUCUUGAGGUAUGUGCACAAGGCACUUGCCAACACCUUCUUUGCAAGGAAGGCGACCGGGACAAUCAACGAGGGGGAACUCAAGUUUCUUGACAUGGGAAUCAAGCCCAUUCUCUCACGCACAAGCGAUGGCAAGAGGAUCAAGGGGAGAUAG